GGCUUCCGUCCCAGAUGAGUGUCAAUCAAUCAGUCAGUCGGUGACGGACAUCACAAGCGGAGCAGCACCGGAUCAUGCGCGCGCUCACGGCCUCCUGACAGCUGCACGCGGCUCGGUUCCGGUGUCGGCGAGCGAGAUGGACGGUGGCGAGAGGAAGGAUGUGAAGCUCUCUGCUGAAGUAGAACCGUUUAUCCCUCAGAAGAAAGGUGUUGAAGCGUCAUUAUUACCCAUGAGUCUGUGCGGUGAGGGUGGAGCUGAGCCCACACAAAUCCCCUCCUACCUGAUCACCUGCUACCCCUUCGUACAGGAGAAUCAGAACAACAGUCGGCAGAUGCCCGUGUAUAACGGAGAUCAGCGCUGGCAGCAGCUCAACCCGAGCCCCGGCGGGCCGUACCUGGCGUACCCCAUCCUGUCGUCCCCACAGGCCCCCGUCACCAGCGAUUACCCCACAUACUACCACGCCAUCAUGCCCACGCCCUGCCCUCCCGUCAUGGGCUUCUACCAGCCCUUCCCGGGGCCCUACACGGGGCCGCUGCAGGCCGGUGUCCUGAACCCCGUCUCCGACUGCAGCGAGCGGCCGCUGCCACAGGGUCAGACGCAGAGAGGAAGAGGCGUCUCACGAAACCCCGUCCCACACAAGCAGCCGAUGGCUCAGUCAGUGAGACCCAAGCGUCCCGUGAUGCGGAGCGUGGCGGUACAGAAGGAGGUGUGUGCCGCCGGGCCUGAUGGGAGAUCCAAGACGGUGCUGCUGGUGGAUGCAGCACAGCAGACAGAUUUCCCCGGCGAGGCGUCCGGCAGCGUCAGAUGUGCGUCGGAUCAGGCGAGUCCUCAGCAGUGGAAGAAAGCUUGGCGCAGACGCACGUCGCAGCAGGAGUCGUCCAGCGAGCAGGGAGCCAGCGAGGCAGACAUCGACAGCGACAGCGGCUACUGCAGCCCCAAACACAACCAGGGAGCCGCCAGCACCUCCACCAAUCAGCACACGGCUGCCGCGGCUGUGGACGCUGGCGUCAUGACCGCUGUUAGCUGGGGGAAUGUAGCCUCACAGACCGUCCAGAAGCCGUGGGCAGACAGGAACACAGCGUAUCACAGAGGCAGAACACCUGAGCAGAGGAACUACACACAGGACUUCCAGAUGAACUUCAGAGCAGGAGGACAGAGAUCGACUCCUUCAGAGACGCCCAACACACACCUAACACCUGAGCCACUGUACUUCCAGGAUGAGGAUGAGUUUCCUGAUCUGGCCACAGGUGGCGCUGCUCAGCGGAAUAAACCAGAACCCGUUCUGCCCAAGAACCUGCUGGAUAACCUUCCGGAGAAUUCCCCCAUAAGCAUCGUGCAGACGCCCAUCCCCAUCACCAGCUCUGUGCCCAAGAGAGCCAAGAGUCAGAGGAAGAAGGCGCUCGCCGCCGCGCUCGCCACAGCACAGGAGUACAACGAGAUCAGCAUGGAGCAGAAGAAGCUACAGGAGGCUCUGUCUAAAGCAGCAGGUAAGAAGAGCAGGACACCAGUGCAGUUGGAUCUGGGCGACAUGCUGGCGGCGCUAGAGAAACAACAACAGGCCAUGAGAGCACGACAACUCAACAACACCAAACCACUGUCAUACACAGUUGGGACAGUGGGCGCUCUGAACAGUAAAGAUGGCGGCGGCAGUCGAGUGACGGGACUCAAAAACACAUACACCCCCCCUCACAACAUCCUGGACUCCAGCACGCCCCGCGUCAAGAGAGGGAAAGAGAGAGAGAUUCCCAAAGUCAAGAAGACCACCGCCAUGAAGAAGAUCAUUCUGCAGGAGCGUGAGGUGAAGAAGGGCAAGAGUUCUGCUGAGCACAGCGUAUCUGGAGCCGACGAGCAGAGAGACGCUCUGAGCUUCACUGACCCGCUCACACAGGAGCAGGAUGAGAACGGUCUGAGCAUGCCCAGUGAUGCGUCUCUGUCUCCAGCGAGUCAGAACUCUCCCUACAGCAUCACACCCGUGUCUCAGGGCUCGCCCGUCAGCUCCGGCAUCGGGAGCCCCAUGGCUGCGUCCGCCAUCACCAAGAUCCACAGCCGCAGGUUCAGAGAGUACUGUAAUCAGGUGCUGAGUAAGGAGAUCGAUGAGAGCGUGACGCUGCUGCUGCAGGAGCUGGUUCGCUUUCAGGAGCGUGUUUAUCAGAAGGAGCCCACCAAAGCCAAAGCCAAGCGGCGGCUGGUCAUGGGGCUGCGAGAGGUCACCAAACACAUGAAGCUGCACAAGAUCAAGUGUGUCAUCAUCUCACCAAACUGUGAGAAGAUCCAGGCCAAAGGAGGUCUGGAUGAGGCCCUUUAUAACGUCAUUGCCAUGGCGAGGGAGCAGGAGAUCCCGUUUGUGUUCGCUCUGGGCCGGAAGGCUCUGGGCCGCUGCGUGAAUAAACUCGUGCCGGUGAGCGUCGUGGGAAUAUUCAACUACUCUGGAGCAGAGGCUCUCUUCAAAAAAAAAUUGUCUCUGACGGAGGAGGCGCGGAGGGCGUAUAAGGACAUGGUG